AUGCGGCGCGGCGCCGCCUUUGGCCUCGCCGGAGUGGUCAAGGGGCUCGGCAUUGCCAGCCUGAAGAAGGAGGGCGUGAUGGCGGCGCUGCAGGCCGCCAUCGAGGAGAAGAAGCGGGGCGAGGAGGCGUCCAACGCCAAGGAGGGCGCCCUCUUCGCGCUCGAGGCGCUCUGCGAGACGCUCGGCCGCCUCUUCGAGCCGCACGGCGUCAAGAUGGUGCUGCCGUCGCUGCUGCGCUCGCUCAAGGAGGAGGACAAGUGGCGCGCGCAGCACGCCGCCGUCGAGCUGAUGGGGUCGAUGGCCUUCGUCAACCCGAAGCAGCUGUCUGCGACGCUGCCGCAGCUCGUGCCGGCGCUCACCACCGCCCUCACGCACUCGCACGCAAAGGUGCGCGAGUCCGCCUCCGCCGCGCUGCAGUCGGUCGGAUCCGUGAUCCGCAACCCGGAGAUCUCCGAGAUCCUGCCGGCGCUGCUGCACGCGCUCGCCGAGCCGGCGGCGGGCACCGACGCGGCCCUCUCUGCGCUCGCGCACUGCCAGUUCGAGCAUUGCGUCGACCCGCCCUCGCUCUCGCUCAUCGUGCCGGUGCUGCAGCGCGGGCUGCGCGCGCCAUCGGCGCAGGCCAAGCGGCGGACGGCGCACAUCACGGGCAACAUGUGCUCGCUGCUCGCCGACCCGAAGGACAUCCUGCCCUACCUCGACAUGAUGAUGCCUCAGCUGCAGUCUGUCCUGCUCGACCCGAUCCCCGAGGUGCGCUCGACCGGCGCCCGCGCGCUGGGGCGGCUCUGCGCCGGCCUCGGCGUCGACGCCUUCCCGAACCUGAUGGCGUGGCUGCGCGAGGGCCUCCGCCGCGACUCGUCCGCCGUCGAGCGCGCGGGCGCCGCGCAGGGCCUCGCCGAGGUGCUCGCGGCGCUCGGCGACGAGGCGGUCUCUGACGAGCUGCCCGCGCUGCUCGCCGGCGCGGAGGACCCCGACCCGGCGGCGCGCGAGGGGCACGCGGCGCUGUGGACGCACCUGCCCCGCGUGCUUGGGCCUCGCUUCGAGCACCACUUGGGCGCCGUCCUGCCGGUUGUGCUGGCGGGGCUCGCGGACGGCGCCCGCGCCGGGUCUGCAAGGCGAGCUGUGAAGAGCGCGGCCGUGAGGGGCGGAGCUGCGAAUAGGCGCCGAGCAAGCGCCGAGCCGGUGCGCGAGGCGAGUUUGCGCGCCGCGCACGGCGUGAUCGCGACGUACACGCGCGCGGCGGCGGAGCUGCUCCUCCCCCCGCUGCAGCAGGGCCUCGCCUCAGACAACUACCGCAUCCGCCAGUCGUCGAUCGAGCUGCUCGGCGAGCUGCUGCUGCGGCUGACGGAGCGCGGCCCUCUUCCGGUGCUCGAGGAGGGGGAGGACCCGCCGGCCGACUCGCCGCUCGCGCACGUGCCGACAGCGCAGCAGCACGCCCUCCUCGCCGCGCUGCACAUCGCGCGCUCCGACACGGCCGCCGCCGUCAAGGCUGCGGCGGGCACCCUCAUCGGCACGCUGGCCGGCGGCGACGACGAGCCGCAGGAGGCGGCGGCGGCGGCGCUCGGCGAGCUCGUCGUCAAGCUGGGCGAGCGCGUGCUGCCGCGGCUGCUGCCGCUGCUGCGGCGCGAGCUCGAGGAGGGGGACGAGGACCGGCGCGCGGGCGCCGCCAUCGGGCUCACGCAGCUCAUCGCCUCGGCGGGCCGCGAGCACGUCGAGCGUUUCCUGCCCGAGCUCAUCGGCGCGGUGCGCGCCGGCCUCUGCGACGAGGCGGCGUCGGUGUACGGCGCCGCCGCGCGCGCCUUCGCCGCGCUGCAGCGCGUGGUUGGCGCGGCGGCCGUGCACGAGAUCAUCCCCGCGAUGCUCGAGCUGCUCGGCUCGGGCGACCCGGCCGACGCCGACGCCGCGAUGCGCGGGCUGCGCGAGGCGGUGGCGCAGCGGCCCGCCGCCGUGGUCCCCUUCCUGCUGCCGCGCCUCUGCGCGCGCCCUGUCAGCACCGCGGCGGCGCGAGCGCUCGGCGCCGUCGCACACUCUUGCGGCGAGCACCUCCACCUGCAGCUCGACGUGGCGCUGCCGCCGCUGCUCGACGGGGCGCUGCCCAAGGAGCGCUACCCCCUCCACGUCCACACGCUGCGCGAGGCGCUCGCCUCACUCGCCGACGAGGCGCGCGCUGCUGCGCGCAAGGCGGCCGCCGCCGAGGGGUCCGACAUGGCUGGCCAGGCGGCGGCGGCGGGUCGCGUCGAGGUGGCGGGGCUGGCGCUGCCAAAGGGCCUCGCGCCGCUCGUCGCGGUCUACCUGCACUCGCUGAUGACCGGCUCCGCGGAGCUGCGCGAGGCGGCCGCUCUCGCGCUCGGAGAGGCGAUCGGGCUGACGCCGGUGGCGGCGCUCAAGCCGUUCGUCAUCCAGAUCACCGGCCCGCUCAUCCGCGUCAUCGGCGACCGCUUCCCCGCCGGCGUCAAGGCGGCGAUCCUCGCCGCGCUCACGCUGCUGCUCGGGCGCUCCCCCGCCGCGCUCAAGCCCUUCGUGCCGCAGCUGCAGACCACCUUCGUGGAGCAGGCGGCGCUCGCGCAGCUCGCCGCGCCGGACGAGGCGCGCGCCGCCGCCGCUGCCGCCACGCUCGGCGCGGUGGCGCGCUGGACCGAGAUCGAGCCGCUGCUCGAGCGCAUCGAGGAUGGGUCUGCCGGCGACCAGAUUGCCGAGCUCCGCGCGGGGCUCGCCAUCCUGCGCACCGACGCGGCGGAGGCGGAGGCGGAGGGCGCCGACGCGGCGGCCGCGCUCGCACUUGCCGCCGCGGCCGGCGUGCCGAGCUCAGCUCUCGAGGCGCUCGCCGCCCUCCUCGCCGACGCCUCCUCGGACGUGCGCCUCUCCGCGAUGCACGCCGCAAAGCGACUCGCGCGGUUGCGGCCGGCGGCGCUCGCCGCGGCUGGCUGUGCCGGCGGCGCCCUCCUCCUCCCGCCGGUGGCCGCGGCGAUCGCCGUCAAGGGCAACACCUUCUUGCGGAGCGGCGCAGAGCGAGCCUUGGCGCAGGUGCUUGCCACGUGCGCUUGGACGGAGCCCGCCAAUCUGCCGCCGGCUGGCAGCGGCCCCGGCCGCCUGCCUCCCGAGGCGCGCUCCGCGGCCGACGACUUCCUGCGGCGCUCGUACCGGCGGAUCCGCGCGAUGGAGUCCGAGGCGGAGCGCUCGGAUGAGGACCCCUGA